AUCUCGUCUCGGAAAUAAACUGCAUUAGUCUAGAUGAAGAUGAAGAGGAAGACAUGAUUUCAGAAGAGAUUGCUGAAAUUCAAGGGUAUUCUCUGGGGAAUCAUCUGAGGUUGGGCUUCUUUGGUCAGGAUGCCAGCGUCCAAACAGACGUGUCCGAGCUUCCUCUGGUCACACGGCUGUCUACUGAAACGACACAACUCACGAAGGAGAUGGACGCUCUGAGGAAGGAGAUCGGAGUGAAACUGAAGUUUCUCCAGGCUCAGUAUGAGUCCCGGCUGAAGCGAGAGGCCGACGACUUCCGUAUGAGAAUUAAUUACAAAGUCAAAGCCAUUGAGGAUCAGCACAAAGAGGUCGGCUGUGCACACCGCUGCUGUCUCGAUGUAAUAACGUGAUUAUGAAGCGAUUAAAAAUGCAUGACCAAACCAACGUUCAUGCUUUCCACAUCCUGUUGGCUUCAUAAAGUGCUGAAAAUGUUGAAUAUUUCAUCUGAAUUCAACAGAGUUUCAACUGUAAUGUUUUGGGCUUCUGUGAGUUGAAAGUCAGAAAUAAAACGCUUUAAUGGUUCUGAUUAAUAUAUCAAAUAUUUGUAGAAGUAAUAAUAGACGGAUGAUUUUUAUUGAUACCACUUAUGAAUUCUGGAUUGUGAUUGGUCAGAAGGUGUUGAGGAAUUUUCUAGAACAGUAGCGUAGCUGCAAAUCACAGGUUUAUUUAUAAUUAAUGCGCUCGUUCUAAUACGUUAUCGUUUCUAUAGUAACAGCUCGUUCACGGGGACGUGUAUGGUGGAAACUUCACUAAUAAGAACGGAUUAAAAAAUCGUUGAUAUGGUGCAGUUUUCCGUAACACUGAUAAGGAAGGAGUCUCCAGUGUCAGCGCUUUGUAACAGUCAGAGGUGAAGCUGUAACUUUAAGCUUUCCGACAUCUUCAGGACAGAGGAGUUUGCGGUUUCUCUGUAACAUAACAGGCUGCGUUUUUUUUUGAGAGAGAAAGGACUGGCGAGGGACAGAAACUUUUUCUAAGUUGUAAUUGUGGUCAACGUGCUGUGGUGUAAGAGGAAUCCUUUCUUAAUGUCUAAACCCAUCUUGAUGUCUAUCUUCCCGUUCAGAAAGUAAAGGUUCUGCGUAACAGCUGUCGCCAGCAGCUCUCUUAUGCAAUAGACGUCAUCAAAGCCAGCUAUAAGGUAUAGAAACGAAUCCCGAAUAAGCGUUUAUUUGCAUAUUAUCUUUAACUCUGAAAUUGUUUCUAUAAUAUACUCCAUGAGGAAAACCCGAAUGAUGGAGGUGGAACCCAGAGACACCAGACGAGUGCAGGAGCUUUUAGAUGAGAUCCAGGAGAAGGAUUUUAAAAUUGAGAGCCUGAGCGAUCAGCUGAGGGAGUACAAGGAGCAGCUGGAGGUACAGGCCGCAGAUGAUCCGGAGGAAAGUUGGCUGAAGACGGAGAACAGCAGGCUGGAAGGUGACGUCGACGCCCUGCACGUCAAAAUAGAACAAAUUCAACAAGCUCUCAUGGCUAAAGACCAGAAGCUGAAGGAUUUGGCCUCGGAUAUUUCAGAGCUGACAUCAACAGCAGAGGCCGACAAGAAAGCCCCGAGAAAGAUGACCAUUGAAAACGAGCAGCUAAAAGUGCAGUUAAAUGUAGAUAAAGAAAGUGAGAGAAAGGAGAUGACCAAACAGGAAAUGGACAAAGAGAUCGAAUCCAUCGAACACUCGCGGCAGAACGAGAGGUUAAAUGCUGAGAGGAAAUGUAAAGAAGAAGAAGGUGUGAAAGAAGCUGAACAGGAAAAGCCUGGAGAGAUGCUGUUUGCUCAGGACGUCAGACUGAAAGCCCAAGCAGGAACGGUCCCAAAGAAGGUGCGCAUGCUUCAGGUCAAGAACCUUGUAAAAGAGCUGGAGAAACUGAGAAAUGCAGAAGCAUCCCAUAAAGAGCUCGUCGACAGGCUGCAGAAACAGAUGGCUGAGCGCAAUCGCAAAUGGGAGAAGAAGUUUGAGGUUCUCGGAAAGAGGUGUUUCCGCCACAUGGCUGCUGAGUUCUGGAUUGUGAUUUGGUCAGAAAGUGUUCACAGUUUCUACGCCAUCAAAGACGAGAUGUUUUUGCGGCACAGUCUGCAGCGUAAGGCCUCUCUCAGAUACCAGAUGGAGGUUCCUGUUUUAUGUCAGGCGUGCUGUGGAGAAAAAAGUUGGCCUCAAUGCGGCCUGUUGUUCCACAAACACUCAGCCGUCAUCUACAGGUCCAGGAGCUCUGCAGAGAACAGGAUGUAGGACUACAGAUGAGACCAUGGACAUUUGCCUUCCGACUGGACAAGGCACCUCUGCAGGCUAGUGCUAGCUUCGCCAAAUCACACCGACCAAAUCACGACACUCGGGAAUCAUAAAGCAUUUACUCCGUCUGAUGACCUCUCCAAGCUGUGUGAUUCCGAUUAGAGACUGAUGAUGAGGAUGAUGAAGAUUUGGUCCCAGUCGUCACUCUCCCUCCCCCUCCCAACAGCCCGACUCCAGAACGUCAAGUACAAACCUCUUUUCUCACACACGAUUCGUAGCACAAAUAAAGCCACUAGCACAUAGCCAUGGGCCUGAUAAAUAAAUAAAUAAAUAAAUAAAUAGUAGCAUUUUUUAUAUACUUGAAUUUGUAGCACCUUUUUAAUAUGAAUGUAUGCAUUAAUACAUGAUUAAAUCAUUUUAUAUAAAGUGUAUUAUCCUUCUAAUAUUCAAGACACUGUGGAUAAGUACAAGUAAUACGGAUAAGUACAUUUCCUGUCCUCUCGCUUUUUAUGUAAAUAUUAGCUUCAUCGUUUUGCACCAUUUUAUAGAGUUUGAUAGUGAAGGCGAGUAUAGGAAUUUAUUAUUAUUUUUUAAAAAUACAGUCUUAUAAUGUUUUAUAGUUUGAUGGUUAAAUUUCAGAUAGAACAUUUAGUGAUUGUUCACCCAGUUUUAUGUUGGAUCUUUAACAUAAAGCGCAAAGAUAAUGUUUAAGAUCUUAACAUCAAGCUCCAGGGUUUGAGUUUGGACGUUCUUUAAUUCACCAACACACACACACACACACACACACACACACACACACACACACACACACACACACACACACACACACACACACACACACACACAAUGUCACGAUCUCGCCGGCAGAUGGCGCUGCGGCGACGACGUGCAUGGGCAGAUGGAGAACGCGUGCACGUGUUUAAAGUGCGCAUGGACGAUGAGACUUUGGUUACAACGGACAUGAGCACUUAUUUUGGUUUCUGUUCUGUCCCCGCCCGGUUCAGUUAUUGGCGGAGGUGCGAGGGUGUGCUUUGAAGUGUUAACCAGCUGUCAGCAAUUAAGGUAACUGUGACUGGUUAUUUAAACCCCUCGCGUUGCUACACAUGUCGGGCAGUAUUAGAGGAAAGACGGAAUGAAUAAUAGUGCCAGGCGGUAAUGGUUCCAUGCUCUGUCUAGUUUCCUGUUCCUAGUUUCAUGCUCUAGUUAAGCGAGUGUUUCCUGCCAUAGUUAAACGAGUGUUUAUGCCAUAGUUAAACGAGUGUUUAUGCCAUAGUUAAACGAGUGUUUAUGCCAUAGUUAAACGAGUGUUUCCUGCCAGAGUCAAACGAGUGUUUCAUGCCAGAGUUACACGAGUGUCCAUGCCAGAGUUAAACGAGUGUUAUGUCAUUGUUAAACGAUAGUUGCAGGCCCUAGUUAAACUAGAGUUUUAUGUCAUAAUCGUGUUCUAAGUUUUGUGUUUCAUGCCUUAUUUCUAGGGACAUGAGAGAAGUUUCCGUUAGUUAAAAGUGGUAGUGUUUCCAUGCCCUGUUUAAGUUCAUGUUUCUUGUUUCAGCUGUAAGUUUAUGUUUAGACCUUUUUUCCUGCCUCCUCGUACAUUGACUUAAGUGUAAAUAAAGACUUUACUCCCGCGCUUACUUCCUGUCCAAGUCUUGUUUCGUAACACACAAGCCUUAAAUAACCUUUUGAAAAGGCAUUCAUUAGAUUGUUUCUUCUCCUCCCAUUUCACAGAGUUCCCAUAAUGUGUAAACAAAGCCUGCAGUGGCUUUAACAGGCUUUAAUUGACUCCGGGACUGCAUGACCGUAAUCCACUACUACAGCGACCCAAAGAAGUGCGUGUGUGUUCUGCAGCCAACAUCAGGAGACAUCCAAGAAUGUCCUUUAGCUUCACACGGUCAAAAAAAAAAAAAAAAAAACCUGGGAGGACUCAUGGCUUCAGAGGGUUUAGAUGGCAUUUGAGGAGGGAAACAAUACGAGCUGAUCUAUUUCACUUUCUGUAGACCUUCACUGUGGGUUGGAGAUGAAUCCACUUCAUGUGUGCGGUGUAGAUUUACACUGGAUCAAAGGCAUUAUAUCAGCCAUCAUCAUCAUCAUCAUCAUCAUCAGAGCAUUCUGUAUAAAUUUACUCAAAUGAACAUUUAUUUAUAAUAGAAUAAUACAAUUUUUCAGAAGUAUUAAAAUAUCUUGUUGUUAAAAGCAAAGGUCUGAGCACCUCAUAAGAUUUUGAUUGAAAUUCUUGCAUAGAAUUUGCUAAAAUUAGAAAACUCUAAGUAAGGAAUCGAUCUUUUAUUGUGAGCAUGUAGAUCUAAUCAUAGGUCAUAUUUUACUUAUUAUAUUUUGCCUUAUAACCGAUAUUAACAUUACAGUAUGUGGUCUUUUAAUCUGUAAACUCAACAAGUUGAUUAUCUUUAAAUCUUUAAAAGCAUUAUUCAGAGUAUCUUCAGAGAAUAAAAAACAUUUAGGUCUGAAAAAAAGUACACGUAAUAUUUUUUCCAUGUCACAAACCUUUUUGUUACUAAUGCUGAUUACUAAUAGUAAUAAUUCUGUAAGGAAACUGUGUAUCGACAUGUUUUUAUGUCUCAUUGAGGACCAGAUGUCUCGACAAGGGCAGAAAUCUCUGACAGGAGAAUCUGAAACCAACAACAACAAAAAACCUUCCAUAUAAAAAGCUAAAAGAGCCAAAAUGUUUUCUUUUGGUUACUCGGGUUAAAGCUGGGUUUAAUAAUUCUGUCAGUGGAAGGUCCUCACAAGAAUAGGGAGUUAAAUGUGUGUGUGUGUUGCCCCUCAGUAUGAGGCCCCUGUGGUGCUGUACUCCAGAGCCAGCUUCCAUCAGCCCUCGUUGAUCCUCAGAGACAAGCUUAGAAUCAAUUACCAAUUUCUCCUUUAACAGAGUGUCAUUUCAGACCUAUGUUCAUCUGGUUAUGGUGAGCUGGGAUCACCGCGCCGCGGCCCUUUCGCACCGGGAUUAUGUGAUUAUGCUUUAAUUCCUUGUAAUCUCUUAUUAACUAGGCUACUGCAUGUCAAAUAAAGCACAAUACGUCACCCUUAUAGGCUGUGCUCAGUCUGCCAUAUGGCUGAAGUGCUUUUUUUCUCUGUUCACUUUUUUAUCCCCCUUUUCCUCUUUUUUUUUCCUUCCACAGCAAGACCACAGUCAGGUGUCUGAUUUAUAUCAGCACCUUAAACGCUCUCAGGAGGGGGGAAAGUCACUAAACACACACACUACAGCACAGUUUGUGAAACAACAGGGGAAAAAAUCGGAUUUUUUGUGCACCUCAAGAAAUUAAUUGGUUGCAUUAGUUAGGGGAUAAAUGGCGAUGGCUGGUGUGUUGGAUUCCAGCAGAGUUUCACCAUAGAGGGUUAAUGGGAGUCAAGGCUGGAAGCGUUCCCAGGCCUGGCCCAAGGCCAUUAAAACCCAGUACAAGAAACUUAUGGGGCAAAUCAGCACUGAGCUGCUUCUUUUGCAGCCUUCAAGAGCACAAUAAAGAACCCGAGAGCUUCACCCACUGCCUGCGUUACCCAGGGUACACACGCGCACACGCACGCACGCACGCACACACGCACGUAAACUGAACCACAGCUCGCUUUUUGCACCUCGUGAUGUGAAGUGAAAUUACAUUUUGUCGCAGAUUUUUUACACUUCUUGCUUGUACAGCAUGUUGUAUAGAACUCAUCCCGAGUGAACAAUGUUUUCUUAUUAACCGAUAUUCAAGAACGCGGACCCCAAAUCUCCUGCGUUUCUUUUUCCAAAUCCUUCAUCUAUUCCUGCUGAGAAACAGAGAGCAGUGAAGUUCAUGGCAGCAGAGAGAGAGAGAGAGAGAGAGAGAGAGAGAGAAAGGGAGAGAGAGAAACGUUUCUGAAUCUCUCCAUUCUGCUGAGCGAACAGAGUCGGCGGUGCAGCGGGUUGGGUGUCUGGAGCGCGCAGGACGCGCACGGCGGAAACAUAUUGUCGCACCGUGGUGUGCGGGGGCUCUCACCACCACCACCUCACCGCAUUCACGCGCACAACAGCGCUCCACACCAUUUGCAUAUUUGUAAUUUAUCACAUUUUUAUUCGGGUUUCUGAAUAUCGCGCUGAAUAACCAGGGAACCUGUUUCCCCAGAGCUGCGAGAGCAAGAGCGAAAGAAGAAUUCCUUCUCAUUACUCAGGAAAUAUAAGAGCAUGUCGUGUUUUAAACAGCCCCCCCCCCCAAAAAAAAGAUAGAUGAGAGACAUUUUUCGGACAAAAAGAGUCGUGCGAGCUCACGAGCCCCAGCGCGCGAAGACCGCGCAUUCUAAUUUCUGCGCUCAUAAAAAAGACGACAUUUUCUUUCUUUCUUUCUUUCUUUCUUUCUUUCUUUUUUUUUUUUUUUUUUUUUUUUU